GGAGGCGCCACUGCUCCGCUCCGCUCCGCCCCGCCCCCGCCGCCACUUCCGGGGGCGCCGCGGGACCGGCCGGGAAGGGGCGAGCGAGCGCCGCAUACCUCUGCCAGAGCAGGUUAGCAAUGGUCCCUAGUGGAAAAAAUGGUGGGCUCCACCUGAAGCAGAUUGCUUACUACAAGCGACCAGGGGAAUAUCAUUCCACAACAUUAUCAAGUGAAAGAAGUGGAAUCAGGAAAGCAGCUAAAAAAUUUGUUUUCAAUGAAAAUAAAUUGUUCUAUAUUGGAAAAGACAGAAAACAAAUGUGCCUGGUGAUAGUUUCAGAUGAAGAGAAGAAUAAGGUGCUUGAGAAAUACCACGAAAAUGCUGCUGGCAUUCAUCAUGGUUUAUCAAGAACGCUGACUUUAGUGGAAUCUAAUUACUACUGGACCUCUGUAACAAAUGAUGUCAAGCAGUGGGUGUAUUCUUGCCAGCACUGCCAAGUGGCGAAGAAUGCCACCUCCACAGCACCCAAAACACAGCCUGUCAAAGCAGAGGACCCGUUGACAGCAGUCACUAUAGACUUAAUGGGACCUUUCAAUGUUACCAACAGAAGCCAUAAGUACAUCAUAAUUAUGAUGGAUUUGUUUACAAGAUGGGCUGUUGUCUUUCCACUGCAUGACACUUCAGCAGCUGAAAUUGCUAAAGUAAAUGUGUUUUUCUUGUAUGGGCCACCUCAAAAAAUGCCUAUUGAUCAAGGAAAGAAGCUUGUUCAUCAGAUAAAUGAAGAACUAUUCACACUAUUUGGAAUGAAACAGAUUGUAUUGUCGUACCCUCAGACAGAUGACGUAAAUGAAAGAACAUGCAAGACUAUCAAAGCUUUCCUUAACAAAUACUGCACUGACCAUCCAAAUGACUGGGAUGAACAUUUGUCUGUUAUUCCCUAUGCUUUCAAUUUGACAGAUUUGGAGCCAGGUCAAAACACGCCAUAUUUUCAAAUGUUUAAUCGUAACCUACAUGUUGUUGAGUCAAUGAAUAUAUGUGUGCAAGGAGAAUACAGUAUGUUUGACGAAAUAUUUGAAGCAACUAAAAAUGCCAGUCAAGGGCUGAAAGAAGAGAAAACCUCAAGUUGACAGGUUGAGAAAAACACUUCAAAUGAACAAAAAAUCAUAACUGAAAUCACAGUUAAAAGGAAGCCAAAGCAAUUAAAUACCCUUCAACUUAAAGUUGGUCAUGAAGUCCUCAGGCAGAGAAAAAUCUGGUGGAAAGAUGGUCAUUUCCAGUCAGAAUGGGUUGGUCCUUGUGUUAUAGAUUAUAUCACAGAUAAUGGCUGUGCAAUACUAAGAGAUGCCACAGGAUCCAGGUUGAAAAGACCGAUCCCAAUGUUUCACAUCAAGCCAUACAUAAGAGGGUCCAGUGAAAAAGCAAAGAGGUCAGCAGAGCCAGCUCAACUGGAAGAAGAUAUACAAAAGGUCAGACAAGUUGAAGGUUAAUACACCAGGGCUGCAUGGUAUUCACUCAAGUUCAGAAGGAACUCAAAUGUGAAAUUGCAGAUCUCAGGGCAAGCUGGUAACCUAGCACUGCUAACAGCCACUCCUCCAGAAGACUAGCAGACUGAAAAAAUAAUGUCCAUCUACAAGACGGGCUCAAAGGGAGCCUGGGAAUCACAAUUCAACACCUCUGGCUUCUGUGCCCAGUAACAUGGUAAAAUCCAUAUUGAAGAAUAAGAAAUGUAGCCUGUUUGAAACAACUUACUAUGGCUUCUCAAAGGGCAAAUUGUGCCUCACCUCCUAACAAGAAAAAACUGUCAGACACAGACCACUCGGCUAUAGGUAUCAAGUACGUCAUCCAUUACAGCAUUUCCUAUGUUCUUGGCAGAUAUAAGAGAGAUAACCUCAAUAUUAAAUUUGGUAGGAACUACAGCGUCAGAAGCUUGACACUGCUUGUACAUUUCUUAACAUUUACAUUACCUUCAGUACUGGUUGGUAUUAGAAAUCUAAUCUCAAAACCCAACACAGCAAUUUUUAAAACUGUAUGCUUUCAUAUUUUUUUUUGUUGUUGUUGUUUUAUGAAACCCAAAACUUUGUAGACUGGGAGCUCUUUAUCUCGUUUUCUUCAAUGCAGCUUGAAGUGAAUAUUUUAAAACAUUAUUAUUAACGAACCACUGACAGUGCUAUCACUAGGAAGCAAAUCAUCUACUUGUUGACAUUGCAUUUAGGGAGUCUAAUCAGUCAUUUCUCAGAAGCAGAGAUUAUACGCAAGCUUCCCUCAUCCUGCAAACAGGAAAACAGGAUAGUUCUAAAAUUUUCCAUUACAUCAACUCUGCAUCUGGCCUAAGAUAACCUAAUAGCACUCUUCAUGAAAUAACACUGUCCUGUGACACAGUAGCAUAGAAAACUACUUGAAAUAGAAAAAACAGGCAAAAA